AUGAAGGUCCUUGAGAACGCCAUUGCAGGCUCUAACAUCAUCACAAAGGCCAUUCUGUCAGGUCUCUCCACCCAGAUGGGCCUUGCCGGCAAGGACCGUUUCGAGAACUCCCACCGCAACCACCGUGCAUCUUCGAGCACAUUGGCCAUGAUGCACUACAUUCCAUCCGACCCAGUGACGGACAAGAAUAUUGGCCACCAGAAGCACACAGAUAUCAGCUCCUUGACUUUGUUGUUCAGCGAGCAAUGGGGUCUUCAAAUUAGACCACCUGGUAAGCCAGUCACGCAUCCAAACUACUCUUCAACAAUAGCUGACAUGUAUCCAGGAGCCAAGGAAUUCGGCUUCGUCGCCCCCAAAGUCGGCACAGCAAUCGUCAACGUCGGUGACUCCCUCCGUUUCGCAAGCGGCCACACCAUGGCAUCCUGCAUCCACCGUGUCGUCCCAUUGAACCCAGAUGAGCACCGCUACUCCAUCGCCUACUUCCUUCGCGCCGAGAACGAGACCCAGUUCACUGAUUCCAGCGGAAGAGCCGUCACUGCUGGACAGUGGCACGACGAGAAGUUCUACACUUUCACUGCGCCACCCGAGAUGCAGGCUGCGGCUCCCAGCUACUUGUUGUUGGGUGGCAUGGAAGAGGAGGCUGAUUUGAGUAAGGCUCAGUUGGUUGAGAAGGAGAACUUGGCUGGGAACCAGACUGCGGUUGCAGCUCACUGA